AUGUUCCGCCGUGGCACAUUCUCCGGAUCAUCAGAAAACCCCAGCAACGAUGAUUAUGAGCUAUAUACCGCUACCAAGGACGGGAUCACCAAGGAGGACACCUCUGGUCUUGGUAGCUUGACGGAUGAGCUCGGUGGUGAUGACCAUGUCUUGUCCCCGGAGGAACAGGACAAGAUUUACAAGGAUACCGUCGAGUUCUAUGACUUGGACAACUAUCAAGGCUCUGCCUCCAAUGCCGCCAGCAAUGGCGAUAUCGUGCUUUUUUUGAUGCCUUUGCGUAACGCCGAGCAUGUGUUGCCCAUGGCCUUCCACAAUAUAAUGAACUUGACGUAUGAUCACUCAUUGAUCGACAUUGCUUUCUUAGUGUCCGAUUGUUCUCCAGGCGAUACGACCUUGGAGACGGUGUUUGAGUAUGCGGUGGCACUUCAAAAUGGAACCUUAGCAGACCAACUUCUUGCAGCUGAAGCCAAGAAGCGUAGCGCAAACGUGAAGGGAACGAACGACUUGUACCAGUUGUAUAUGGAGCAAAGCUAUGUGGAAAAUGUGGAACGUGCCUACAAUUCGCCAGAGUCGUACCAUGCGGGCUACCGUACGCCUUUCAGAUCAGUUACCAUCUACGUGAAGGAUUUUGGCCAGGUGAUUGGACAGGGUUUCAGUGACCGUCACGCUGUGAAAGUGCAAGGAAUCCGUCGUAAGUUGAUGGGCCGUGCCAGAAACUGGUUGACUUCCAGUGCGUUGAAGCCAUACCACUCGUGGGUUUACUGGAGAGAUGUGGAUAUCGAGACUUGUCCGGGUACCGUGAUUCAGGAUUUGAUGAAGUUUGACUACGACGUAAUGGUUCCUAACAUCUGGAGACCACUUCCUAAAUUUUUGGGCAGCGAGCAGCCGUACGACUUGAACUCGUGGGUGGAGUCGGAUCCUGCUCUAGAGCUUGCGAAGACUUUGGACGAAGAUGACGUGAUUGUUGAAGGAUACGCUGAGUAUCCAACCUAUAGAGUGCAUUUGGCUUACAUUCGAAACCCUGAGGGGAACCCCGACGAGGUAGUGGACUUGGAUGGUGUGGGAGGAGUUUCAAUUCUCGCCAAGGCCAAGAUUUUCAGACAGGGUGUUCACUUCCCUGCGUUUACAUUAUGGAAUCAUGCUGAGACUGAGGCAUUUGGCAAGAUGGCCAGAGCAAUGGGCUUCCGCGUGGGAGGCUUGCCACACUACACCAUCUGGCACAUAUACGAGCCUAGUGAAGAUGACUUGAAGCGUAUUGCCACCAUGGAGAGAAAAAAGAGGCGACAAAAGUCUCAUUGA